AUGACUUCCAUUGAAUCACUCUAUCUUUCUGGAAACAAUUUCACAUUAGUUCCAUCAUGGUUUUGCAACUUUGAAAAACUUACUCAUCUUGAUCUUUCUCGCAAUAGUUUAACUUCCAUUCCAUCAUGGUUUGUCGAUUUUAAGAGACUUGUGUACCUUGAUCUUAGUAGAAAUGGGCUUAUUGUCGGUAACCUAAAAAGUCUUGUGCAUCUUGAUCUUUCAUUCAAUGAGCUCUAUGGUCCAAUUCCAGAGGCUUUUCCAAACAUGACUUUCAUUGAAUUCCUUGACCUUUCUCGCAAUAGUUUAACUUCAAUUCCAUCAAGAUAUGAUUUGGAGUACUUGGAUUUAGGGUAUAAUCAUAUCAGUGGCCACCUGCCAACUUGGUUGGAGAAACUUGAAAAUCUAAAAUAUCUUGAUUUUACUUCAAAUUAUCUCCAUGGACCUAUCCCUUUGUCAAUAGGAAAGUUGUCAAAAUUGCAUGGGCUACAUCUCUCCAAUAAUAUAUUUGAAGGGCUCAUUCCUGAAAGUAUAGGUCAACUUGUCAAUUUAACCAACUUACAUCUUUCUUCUAAUAAGUUUUAUGGUUCAAUUCCUCAAAAUCUAUGGAAACUUACAAAUCUACGUUAUCUUGAUCUUUCAAACAAUUCUUUUAAUGGGCUCAUUCCUGAAAGUAUAGGUCAACUUGUCAAUUUAACGGACUUAGAUCUUUCUUCUAAUAAGUUUCAUUGUUCAAUUCCUCAAAACCUUGGAAAACUUGCAAAUCUAGUUUAUCUUGAUCUUUCAAACAAUUAUUUUAAUGGGGUCAUUCGGGAAAGUCUUUGCCAACUUGUCACUUUACAUGUCUUAGACAUCUCUUCUAAUAAAUUAGAUGGUUCUAUUCCAGAAAGCCUAGGAAAACUUACAAAUUUAGAUUAUCUUGACCUUUCAAACAAUAAUUUUAAUAGGUUUGUUCUUAAAAGUCUUUGUCAACUUGUUAACUUAUUUCAUUUAGAUGUUUCUUCAAAUAUGCUGGAUGGAACAAUGUCUAUGGAAAAAGGAUGUCAUUUAAAUUUGCAUUAUUUGAAUCUCUCCCAUAAUCAAAUAAGUGGUUCACUUCCAAAAAAUAUUAGUCUUAUAUCAUUGUCUUUUUCAGAGGGCUUGUUUUUAGGAAAUAACCACUUAAAUGGUUCAAUCCCUAUCUCUUUGUGCCAAAUUCCACUUAACAGCCUUGACCUUUCAAAGAAUAAUUUGUCGGGUGAAAUUCCAAAUUGUUGGGAGGAUAGUCUAGAAAUAUUGUCUGAGAUAAACUUAUCAUCUAACAAACUAACCGGAGCAUUCCCAAACUCAUUUGGGAAUCUUUCCGCACUGCUUUGGUUGCAUUUGAACAAUAAUAAUCUUCAAGGAGAGCUUCCAACAUCUUUUAGAAAUUUGAAACAAUUGUUGAUUUUGGAUCUUGGUGAGAAUCAGUUUUCUGGAAGUAUACCAUCAUCAUGGACAAUAGACGCAUUUCCUCUAGUGCAAAUUAUUCGAUUGCGGCAAAACAUGUUGAAUGGCAGCAUUCCUACGCAGUUAUGUCAACUCAAGUCCCUCAAAAUUUUGGACCUUUCUAGAAACAAAUUACAUGGCUCGAUACCUCGAUGCAUAGAAAACCUUGAAGGGAUGAAAUUAACACCAUCGGCUCCAGCAACGUCUCCAAUACUAUUUGCAGGAGCUCCUUCUCAAGGAUGGUCUAGUCAAGACGCCAUGGAAGUGGUGAAAGGAGUGGAACUUAACUAUACUAAAAUCUUGAAGCUUGUAGUUCACAUGGACUUGUCAGAAAAUAAUUUGGUUGGAGUCAUUCCUGAUGAAAUCACUUUUCUCACAGGUCUUCAUGGUUUGAGCUUGUCAAAAAAUCAAUUGACAGGAGAGAUACCUCAAUUGAUAUGA